UUCAGGGAACUUCCACGCGGACGAUUUCUUUCCAGAUAGUUUUCGACAAAAUGACUCUCUCCCGGACGUUGCAGGCUGCUCUGAUAAUACCACUCUGUGCCAGCGCAGUAGAUGUUACACACAUACCUGUAGUGUGCUCGGACAUUCAAACACAAGAUGGUUACAAGUUCCCAUUUGAUCUUCCGGCUGGAGCUGACCUUUCCAUUCUUCAAGGACAGACUACGAUUGCUUCUUGGGAAAAUGGAGAACAACAAGCGCUUUUGCCUGAAGUUAUCCGGCUGGGCAACAAUUCAGUUAUUACCAGGACAUGCAGAGAUGUCUUGAUACAAGUCUCAACAGUUGAUGAUGAUCAGAGUGUGAGAGAGCACUGGUUGAACUAUACAGCUACUGAGGGGACUACGAAACCUGUUCUUCCAACAACAGGCAAUCCUGUAACACCAGGGAAUCAAGUCCAUAACACGCAGUUUCAGAAUAAUACUGCGAAACCUGAUCUUCCAACACCAGAGAACCAGACUGCUAACCAUGGGUGGAUUGCCUAUCUAUUUGUCGUACCUUUGAUCAUCGGGCUUCUUUUAUACUGCUAUUGGUCUCGGAAAAAGGGAAGCUUCCUAUGGCUUUGCAAUGCUCUCAAAAAGCGGUUCUCCACGAAGGCAGAGAGGUCAGAGCCAGCAGAAACUAGACCCCUCAGCGUAAUAGAAAUGCAAGAGAUCUUACCUACUGAGAAUCAACAAAAUGGAAUAAGCCUGGAGAACGUCAAUGCCACUCAUCCAUCUGGCAGUGGUGAAAAUGGGGUGGCGCAAGACAGCCCUCGUGGAUCUGUGCAUGUUGUCAGAAUUCAUCCUCGGUGUGACGGUAUCAACAGUCUGGACCACAAAUUGGAAAACGAGGAAUUCCAGCCAACUGCAAAUGGACACCUAAACAUCCCUGACGUCGACAUAGCCUCUCAUCAUGGAGACACGAACAGUGUCAGGAACAUGAGGGAUGAUCCAGGCGGGAGCAGUGGAGAUGUGAGACUGGACAUCCCCGAAGCCGAACCUCUGGUGAACAGGGGCGGCCAAAACCAAGACCAUGUCAACAGGUGCUCUGUUACACCUGAACCUGACGUGGAGUCAAAGCCCAGGGUGAAGAACAUUGGAGAUUAUUGAUAGCUACAACAAUGACAGCUUCUACUUUUAUCCGUAGUAGUUAUAUUAUUAAUAAUAAUAAUAAUAAUAAUAAUAAUAAUAAUAGUAAUAAUAAUAAUAAUAUAUAUAUAUACUAUAGAAGUUUUCUUGCUUUAUCGUGUUUGGGUGCAUUUCUGACAUUUCCUUUCAGAUGAGCCUGACGUGCGCAGUGUUGCGUCAUUAUAACGUCAGCUCAUCAUUCUGAUCACAGAAGUUUUUCCUUGAAGAAAACUCUAACAAUCCUGAUGAAAAACUGUGACGUCUAAAUGACUCUCAGUUGUACAUUGAGGCACAGAAGGACCUUACAGCACAAAACCAUAUGGCAAUAAUCAAUUUAAUGAUAAUAAAAGCUUAAUAGUCAGUUUAUUACAAACUUGAUGAAAGGGUGGGUGCACCACGUCAGAAAAUGUACUCAAUACACACCUGUGAGAUUACUUCAUUCAUUCUUAUCGCACGGAGUGCAAUGUAAAUAACUAUUUUACGACGUGUUCUAUAUUGUAGUAGGUGUUUCAAACAUUAUAAAAUUCAUAGGACAGUUUGUUUUGUUUUAAUCGCUUCAAUGGAAUGUAAUAAUAAUGUAAUAAUGUUUUAUUUUCUUUUAUUUCUUCUAUAACCUGAUUUUUUUUUUUUUUUGCUUAGUAUAUUGUUUUUUUCUGUAUUAGUUACCGUGCUUCUAUUUGUGAUUAGACAUCUGAUUAUGAUUCUAUAUUUUACUCUUAUUUCCUAUAUACACGAUAGCGUUGAUUUAGCUUUUAAUUCUAUCUGUUCUAUUAUGUAAUAAUAGCAUUAUAUGUAAUUCAAAUACGACAUCUUGUCAAUAACUUUAUACUGAUUUUAUGGCCUGUCUUUUUUUCUUUUUUUUACUUGGGUUUCUGAGUUACAACACUUGGAGUAUCAUCUUUGAACCACAUGGGGGCAGUAAUUAGUCGCACAGUCCUACAGCACUAAGCAACAUCAUCACACCUACUUAUGUUAAAUAAUCCAAAUGCAUUAUUCUUCCAGAUUGCAAAAGCUUUUACUAAAAAUUUACGAAAUGCAUAUAGUUUCUUUACAUUCUGUAGUUUCAUGAUCAGACCAUGUGGCCAAACUAAACAUGCUUUGUAAUAAAUCACGACUCUGUAUAUUAAGUAAAUAUUAUAUUACAUGACA